AUUCGAUUCAAUACAAGUUUUGUACCUAUCAAGAUUAAAAAUGGGAUGCAAAAGUAAAAAGAAGGAAGAUAAGGACCAUGAACUAUAUUCAAAAAAGUUCAUGGGGACCCAGAAGCUCCUGUUACUAGGAACUGGGGAAUCUGGAAAGUCAACCAUAAUCAAACAAAUGAAAAUAUUGCAUGUGAAUGGAUUUUCAGAAAGUGAGAAGAAGGAGAAGAUACCAAAUAUCAGACAAAAUAUUCGUGAAUCAAUAUACGAUAUUCUAAGCCACAUGAACACUAUCAAUCCACCAGAGCAGUUAGAAAAGGAGGAAUCCAAAACCGCCGUAGAAUAUAUUCUACAGCUGGGACCAAAAGAACCUAUCGAAUAUACUGAUGAAUACUUUGAUCAAGUAGACAUUGCCUGGAGGGAUGAAGGUGUCAAAAAAACCUUCAGAAGAUCGAACGAGUAUCAGUUGAUUGACAGUGCGGAAUACUUUUUAGAUAGAUUGCACAUAAUAAGAAAAACAGACUAUAUCCCAACCGUUGAAGAUAUACUAUAUUGCAGAGUAAAGACGGUUUCCAUAAGUAAGAUAGAAUUUGAAGUUCAAGUACCAAAAUCAUUUGGUGGCGGCAUGGCCGAAUUUUGGAUGUACGAUGUUGGAGGUCAAAGAGGAGAAAGGAAGAAGUGGAUAAAAAUAUUCUCAGGGAUAGAAACGAUACUAUUCUUGAUAGCAGCGAGUGAUUUUGACUUGACCUUACGAGAAGAUAACAAAAUUAAUAGACUCCAGGAAUCUUUCAAUCUCUUCGAGGAUAUUUACUGGAAUCAAUUCGUGAGAGAUGCUGGGCUCAUAGUUUUCUUGAACAAACAGGACGUUUUGAAACGGAAAAUUCAGCAGGGAGGAAAUAUGACCGAAUAUUUCCCUGAAUAUUCUGAUUAUGUGCCGAAAGAAAGUUGUGAAAAUGAAUAUGAUAAAGCGAAAUUAUUCAUGAAACAUAAAAUUGAGGAAAUUUCCGCGAAAAAUCCUGUGACUAUAGAGAAUAUUGGAUUAGUGCCUGGAAGCAAUAUCCUCGAGACUGUUUCUGCACGAACUGUCUAUACCCAUUUCACUAUUGCAACUGAUACUAGGAAUAUAAGAACGGUAUUCGAUUCUGUUCAUCAAAAUAUACUACAAAAAAAUAUAAGGAGCCUUUAUUGAGAAAUGAAUGCUUGUUUUCUUGUUGAGAUAUGUAUUAGUGAGGGAAAAAGUUAUAGAAUAAAGUCAUUACUUCAAGAAUAGGCGACUCUGCGGACAAAUCCUGUAACAUGUCAUAUCUAAUUACCGAUUUGCCGCACGAGGCAAUAUUGAAUAUACAGGCUGAUCCAUGUUUCAGUAAUACGUUCGCAACGAUUUUUUUGAAUAGGACACCCUAUAUAUCAUUCAAGUAUAGGAAUCUCUAUGCAGAGCUGAAUUUCAAAAUGUAUUAUACAUAGGGCUUGUAUACUUACAGUCCUUCUGUUAAAUUUAGUACUCUCGUAAAGUAGAGGAUAAAUCCGUUUUUCGCCAAACUAUCCAUUCCUGAGGAAUCUCCUGGAAUACAUCAAUCUCCAUUAUUUGCAAUUUGUCACAUUUCAAACGGAAACUUGUAUAUACAGGGUUAUCUACGUAAGAGUAAUGACGCCCGCGACAGUUUUUUCAAACAGAAAACUAUAAUAUAUUCAAUUUUUAGAUUCUUGAUGGAGAGCUGGCUACAAAAUUAUUUUACUUAUAGAAUUUGUACACAGUGCGUCCGUAUAGUACUAUAGUGUGAUAUAGAGAUGGCAUUGAAAAAAAUACCGAUGUUAUUUCUUCUACACGGAUCAUUCUGCAUGAAUUCAUUUCAUUCGGAAAGAUGCCCAAAAUAAAAUAGAGUUCGACGGUGUCGAACGUUUUGUCCAAUAAUUAUUUCCCUUAAUUUUAAGAAAUUCAUUCGGUACUGCAUACAAACCCUAUGUGUGAUAUAUUUUUGUAUUCAGAUUUUCUUAGAGAGUCCAUUCCAUUGUCGCGGACGUCAAACGUCGAACAUGGAUCACCCAGUAUACUAAUUUUCUCCUCAAUAUGUAGCAAAUCAAAAAUAAAAAACGACCUGUUCUGGGAAUUGUCUCCUCUAAGUCGCCUAUUCUCGAAUAUUGUCCCUCAGUGUUGUACAUAAAAUUAAUAACUAUCGCACAUUUGUUCAUACUCUGUGUUUUUCUCAUAAUAAAAUGUUGAUAUUCUC